GAAUUAUAUAUACCUUACCGAACAGAAACAUAUACCUUCCCGAAAACAAACCUACCGUUGUCCUCCUACUCUACCAUCGCACCCACUCUGCGCCCAAAAGAGAACAUUUUACAAACCGUUGACAUUGCCAACAGCACGCACUCUUGCGUCCGGAACGAACGUACGUGUUGUUACAAUGGUUCGGACCCGUUCCAAUUCGAAAUCAACACCCCCAUCGCAACCCAACGAACCCCAUGACGACAACGACGAUGGUUCCUCUCGAAACGAAUCGGACGAUGAUAUUCCCAAACCCGUCAGUUCCGACAGCGAAAGUGACGACACGCAGCCUCCGACAACACUUCCGGGAAACACGUCUGUGCUUCCGGGCACCGGCACGUCCCGUCUCUUUAGUCCCUACCGCAGUCUCGGCGUCGUCUCCACCGGGGCCCCCUUUCACUUGAUACCGCACGAUCACUCCGGCAACGCCAUGGUCUGUGUACCCAUCGGUGAUCGUUUCCAAUUACUCCGCACGGACCGACUCCAUCCCGUCCUCGUCAGUCAAGCCGUGCCGCACGAUGUACAGCACGUCGUCACCGACGCCACCCUCAGUAUUACCGUCGCCGCGCACGGCGACCGCCACGUCACGCUCCUACACCGCACCCGACCCCUCGCGACCCGCGCGUUGGCCGCUAGUACACGCUGGAGGACGGUGCAGCUCUUGCCCCUGGGACGGACACCGGUACCGAUGCGUGGCGAAAAACAAGGUACCAUGGAGAACGCCGCCAUUGUCGCCGCGAUUCUGCAACGCGCACCGACCGUACGGGAUGAUGUUCCCCUCGUUGGACAAGACGAUGAUGACGAUGACAACGAUGACAGUGAAUCGCUGGACAGUGACGACAAUGACGACGAAACGACGUGCCUGGGGCAAGUGGUUGUUUUGCUGGCCACCCGAGACUCGAUUGCGAUUCAGAGACGGAUUCGCUUGACCGCUUUGCCCAACUUUCGACCCACGACCGCGUUGCAUCCCUCCACAUAUCUCAACAAGAUCGUUCUGGGCGGAACCAAUCAACCCAACCAGGAUACUCCCUCUUCUCCCGCCAUGUGCUUGUUGAACGUGCGAUCGGCCCGAAUCAUUCACGUAUUUGCUGGUCUUCCCUCGGAAACCGAAGAAUCGUCCGUCACUACCUUGGAACAGUCUCCCGCCGUCGAUACGAUUGCCGUCGGAACCUCGUCAGGGAACGUUCACUUGAUCAAUUUGCGUCACGAUCAGAAACUGUUUACGCUCCGUCACAAAACCCACGACGGAAAUAACGUCGGCAUUUCUUCCAUCUCCUUUCGGACGGAUCAUUCCGCCUUGCAGUACGAUAUCGCUCCAAUGGCAGUGGGACGAGUGGAUGGACACAUUACCAUCUGGGACUUGACGGCACCUACCGAGAUAGAGUCGGGUCGCACCGUGCUGCACGAAAUGGAACACGUGCACGUUGGCGGUGUUGCCAAAAUCCAAUACCUUCCCCAGGAACCCUUGCUGGUCUCCAUUGGACUCGCGUCCAAUCGUAUCGCGAUGCAUAUUUUCGAUAGUCCCGACCAUUCCGCUCGCUUGUUGCGCUCCCGCCAAGGCCAUACCGGUCCACCCACACGGAUACGUUACCUACAUCCCGGAUCAGGCGCCGGAGGCGGCGUCCUCGUGAACGCGUCUGACGGAACGGACGCGAGUGCCUGUCAAAUUCUUUCCUCUGGUGGACCCGAUCGGACGUUGCGCGUCUUUUCUACCGCCCGUACCGUGCUCGACAAAGAAUACAGUCAGGGGGCAGGGCUGGAAAAGAAAGCCCGCAAAUUCGGUAUGGACACGGUCGCGGAACUGCUCCUACCACCCACCAUUGGCUUGGCCACGGCGGAAUCGCGCGCUCGUGAUUGGGGUGACUUGGUGACAAUUCACCGGGAUCACGCUUUUGCCUACGUGUGGAGCACUAAGCGGGGCGCCCAGUCUGGGCCAAUCUUGCGGCAGUCGACGUGGAACGUAAGUGCCAUGAAGAUUCCACCACCGCCGCACACGCACGCCACGGCGGUCGCCAUGUCUGCCUGUGGAAACUUCGCUUUGGUGGGGACACGAGGUGGAACGAUCUACAAGUAUAACGUCCAGAGUGGGAAUGCUCGGGGAAUGUAUCCGAUUCAAGCAAAGGAAGAUAGCAAGCCGAGAAGACAGGUUGUAGCGGGAGAUCUCGGGCGUACCAUGAAAUCGUUGGAAAAUAGCAUGAAAGUCAGCAAUCGGGCUGCCAAUGUGGACAAGAAAGAACUCGAUGCCGAGCAAGAAGCGAAACGGGAAAGUCGUAUUUUGGCAAAGUUGCAAGCAGCAUCCCACACGGGUCAUUCCGUAACAGGAUUAGCGGUAGAUUCGGUAAACAAGGUCCUCAUAUCGGUAGGGGCGGAUGCAAAACUUAUAUUGUGGAACUUUGCAUCGCAUGCUCCGCACAAGAAAAGCCCGUACACUUUACCAUGUCCCGCCACUCGAAUGUGCCACGUGCGUGAUUCAGACUUGGCAGCCAUUGCUUUGGAGGACUACUCUGUUGUGUUGUUCGAUUGUGCAGCCCUGUCGAUUGUUCGUCGUUUUGGAGCUACUGGUGGUCACGUUGGACCAAUUAGUGACCUAGGAUUUAGUCCAGACGGCCGCAGUCUCUUUACUGCAUCGCUGGAUUCUUCUUUGCGGGUAUGGGAUGUACCUACCAACACGUGCGUCGACUGGCUCAGCUUCUCGACGGCUCCGACGUCUUUGACGAUCAGUCCAACGGGUGAGUUUCUAGCGACAACACAUAAGGGAAAACUCGGUAUCAGUGUUUGGAGCGACCGAACCUACUAUCAAACCGUAAACAUUGACGGCACACCACUAAAGGAACCUGCGCGCAUGGACGAACCGGUGCCCAUGGCCGAUGAUGCUCCUUCACAAACAUACACAGCAAGUAAACCGAGCGAGGAAAGAGUGCCUACCGGUAACGAAAGUGAAGUGGACGGGGUUGACGAUAAAGGCCCCGCCCUACCCAAAGAAGCUGGACUCAUCACGCUCUCUGGACUGCCACCUGCCCACUGGAAGAAUCUGUUUCACCUGGAACUCGUUAAGGAGCGCAACAAGCCCAAGGAAGCCCCCCAAAAGCCUCCUUCGGCACCGUUUUUCCUCCAAUGGCGUUCGGGUGAGUCGAUCAGCGAAACUGUUGCCAAUCCUCAGUUGGCUUCCAAAUCCAAACAAAACGUAAGUGAGGAAGAGGAGUGGGUUGCGGCUUGGACUGAUAAUGAUGAUGACGAAGCAAAAGUCGAUGUGCCUGAAGCAAGUGGACUAGUCAAACGAGACCACGAGAAAGUUGAAAAGGAAGCUGCGUCCUCCAAAAGACGAAAAGUUACACGCUAUCGUUCAGCACUGGCGUCUCUUCUGGAACAAUGUAACAACAGGGCUUCUGGAUCGAAUCAGAAACGCUUCCAGUUGGUUACCGACCAUAUAGGGAAGCUUGGACCAUCCGCGAUUGACGUCGAACUUUCCACUCUUUGCAGUGGAUUGCAUGAUUUGGAAGAGGGCCUUCCAUUGUUACAGCUCACCUGUUACUGGUUGUUGGAAGCUUUACAGUCACGCGAACGGUACGAUGCCGUUAAUGCGUACUUACAUCGCUUUCUGCACCUGCAUGCAUCGGUUAUUGUUGGUAUCGACGAAUUUUACCGUGGGGAUGAUCAACCGCUACGCGUGAAACAUUCCGAGCAAGAACGAAUUGAGUUGGAGACACAACGUGACCAACGGAUCCGCCUACUUGAGUCCAUCACAGAGCUACACGAUGCGCAAAAAUCGGCUUCAGAAGCGCUCCAGAACAAGAUGCAAAAUACGCUCUGCCUCUUGCGGCACUUUUCUCGGAUGAUCUAG